CAUAGUGACAUUGAGAUUGUUUAAUUACGAGACAUUUUGAAAUAUAACCAGUAAUACUAUUGAAAAUAGAUAUCAUAAUGUCUCAAUUAAUAGACAUGCAGCAUAGUAAAAUUUGCUCAUUUUUACAAACGGAAGACAAGCUUAAAAGAAAGAAUGCACUACAAGAAAUAUUAAAAAAUGUUCUGAUGCCGCUUGAAACAUUGGAUGAAAAAAGUUCAUUAGAAUUGUGGGAAGUUUUGCAUCGACCAGUGGUAAGAAUUUUACAUGACCAAGCAGAAGCUUGUAGAGACUUGGCAUUAGACAUUUUAAAAAAAUUUUUACUAUAUCUGCCAUGUUCUGACAAAAACAUAAUAUAUAUUAUACCCAUUAUGACUAAACGUUUGGGAUCACAAGAGUUAAUUGAACAAUCUGAAGAAGUCAGAUUAAAGUGCGUUAUAUUAUUAAGAGCUAUUGUAUUUAAAUAUCAAAAUAAAAUGAAAGCUUAUUUUGAAGAUUAUGUGACAAUUUUAACAAGAACGGUUACCGAUAAAUAUCCGGAUGUUAAAAAAGAAAGCUGUUAUUGCAUAUGUGAUCUUGCCAAAGCAAUACCGAGUGACUUUUACUCACGAUCGGAGUCGUUUAUUAAACCAAUAUUGAUCAAUAUUUCUCAUCAACAUUAUAAAAUUCGAACGAUUACUGUAGAAACAUUGGGUGCAGUUUUACUUUAUGGCAAUAGUAAAUUAAUAGAAUCUGUGUCAGGUCCAUUAGCCGAACGAUUAUUCGACCAAUCUGGAGCAGUUAGAACAGCUGUUAUUGAAGUAGUUGGAAAAUGGAUGACCGACUUAAAAGAUAGAUAUAGUUGGUGGUAUAAAUUAUUGCCUCUCUUACUUACCGGAAUAAAUGACGUAGUUUCGGAAAUUCGUGAAAAAGCAACAACAUUAUGGAUGUCAGUUGGAGAACAAUAUAUGAAAGAGAAUGAAUCUGAUAAAAAAUUUAAAGAUAAAAUGGAUUUUCUUCCUGACGAUUUACCACACUACCCACCUAAUAUUAAUCGACCAAAUUUAGGAUGUCGCACAAUAGUCCAACAAAAUUUAUCCAAAUUAAUCACAGCAAUUUCACGAGAAUUAACCGAUUGGAUGGCGGAUAUUAAAGUUCGAGCAGCACAAUUACUUUGCAUUCUUGUAUUAAACGUUGAACAGGAUGUAACACAGCAUAUUCCAAAAUUACUUUCUCCCAUGAUACGUGCUUGUAAUGACGAGGAUAAAAGGGUCGUAGAGAAUAUUGAAAUGGCUGCAGAGUAUAUGGGAUACUUUGUUCCUCCUAAUAUUUAUUGUGACUUAGUUAUACCUGCUAUUGAAGAAAAUCCUACACCUGGACAUUUGAAGAUUUUCGCUGCUAUAUUAAAAGGCAGUAUGCAAGAAACGCUUGCUCCGGAAUUAUUAAGAAUCGGCAAUUUCUUACAAGAAAAUUAUAUUUGUCAGAGUCGAAAAUUUCUUUAUCAAAUAGAACUUUUAAAUAGUUGUCGAUCUCUUCUUAAUGUUUGUAAAGAAGAUUGUAAUAAAAUUGCCGAUCAGCUGUUUACAGUAAUUUUUACAACACUAGCAACUUCUACAGAAUUGUUAAUAAAAGAAAUUGCAAUUGAAUUAUUGGAGCUUCAAGCAAAACUUGAAAAUUUUGAAAACUUAAAUCAGCUCUUUUGUAAGCACAUUAGAAUUACUUUGAGUGCAAUUCAAUAUAGCCCUGAAUCUUGGAUACUCCACUCUUAUGAAUUUUACAUUUUUCAAGCUUGUUUAACUUAUGCGAAAACUGCAUCAUACGAAAAUUUAGAUUUAAUUCAUCCCAUUUUUAAAAAUACCACCAACGUCGACGGCGAUAAAAAAGUAAGAAUGAAGCAAUAUAUAUUACUUUCGGAAUAUCUACAACAGUGGGAUAAGCCACUUAUAAACGACACUGCUUUUAUCGAUUUUGCAAAUAUGAUUCUUGAAACGGUAAUUAUUCCUGGACUGACAUGGGCAGCCGGCCGAUCGGCAGAAGCAAUUCGUACAGCUUCUGUUUGUUGCUUAUGUGCACUUUUAAAUAAAAUAGUAGAUAAUUGUGAAGAAGAUGAAAAUAAAAUGCAUAAGCAAAAGAAAUUUGUUAUAUCUGUUGAGCAUUUUGGAUGGUUAUUUGAAAAAGUGAGACCAAUUCUUAUAAAAUUAAUGGAAGAUGAUGCAUUCAAAACUAGAUUAUACUCCUUACAAGCUAUGUGUCUUGUGAUAAAUAUUGGCCAAGAAAUGGGUUACAUCAAAGAAGACCACAUUCAUCAAAUUAGUCCAGAAAUAUUGACUCAUCUAGAAGAUUCUCACGAUGAAGUGCGUCUUGCAGCUAUCGAAGCACUUAGAGAAAUAUGGAGGGUCUUACCAAAAGACUACGAUCUAUCAUUUAGUUAUGUUCAUAUUGAAUACGUUUAUACAAAGACACUGACACAUCUUGACGAUCCUGCAGAAAAAUUUCAAAAGCAAACAUUAGAUUGUUUAAUAGAACUUAUGAAGAUUCAUCCUGAAUUAUUAAUCGAAAAAAUUCAAAGCUCUCGAUCAAAUUUCAUUAAUCAGAAAGCCUUAGACCAAUUAAUAACGUCUGCUCAAAAUUCUUUAAAAGAAAAGAGUUCUUAA